AUGAUCAAGACUGGUAUGAAAGCGAGGCAUCGUGUAGAGUAUGAUGAUGAAAAGGACUUCAUUACUAUAGAGGCCAGUAGGAGGGAGCCCACCAGCAUCAAUAGAUCACUUGGGGAUCUACUCGAAGAGAUUAUCGCCGAUUUACGAUCUCGCAACCAAUGCUUGACAGACUUGAGUGGAUUAUUAGACGGCCCAGCGGCCGAUGCUGAUCUUGAUGAAAGGCGAGCCACUCCGAUAGUAUCCUUCAAGAUCUCCGGAACAGCAGAGGUUUGGACUCGAAAAGCCAUAGAUAGCUUUCCCAAAAUAGACGUAACACUUGCCGAGCGCUUGGGCGAGGCCAACUGGCAGAGGUACCAGAGAGUAUCAAAGAAGCUGAACGGGACAAUUAUUGAAAAAGAGAAAAUUCGCGACCUGGGCCAUCCGACCAUAGAAAAAGCAAAUAUCUCCGAUCGUAUUCAAUGGGUGAUCUACCAGCUUAAAUACAUCAGACGAAAGCCGAGUGGGUGUUAG